AUGGACAAGGACAGGGUGAACGGUAUAGACCAGGACAGAGAGACCAGUAGGGACCAGGACAUGGUGAACAGUAUGGAUCAGGACAGGGUGAACGGUAUGGACCAGGAGAGGAAGAAAAGUAUGGACCAGAACUGGUAUGGACCAGGACAGGGUGAACAGUAUGGACCUGGACAGUGUGAGCAGUAUGUACAAGGACAGGGUGAACAGUAUGGACCGGGACAGGGUGAACAGUAUGGACCAGUACAGAGUGAACAGUAUGGACCAGGACAGGGUGAACAGUAUGGACCACGACAAAGUGAAGAGUAUGGACCACGACAGGGUGAACUGUAUACACGAGGACAGGGUGAACAGUAUGGACCAGGACAGGGUGAACAGUAUGGACUAGGACAGGGUGAUCAGUAUGCCCGAGGACAGGGUGAACUGUAUGGACCAGGACAGGUUGAACAGUAUGGACCGGGUCAGGGUGGACAAUAUGGACCAGGACAGGGUGAACAGUAUACACCAAGACAGCGUGAGCAGUAUGUACCAGGACAGUGUGAACAGUAUACACCAGGACAGGGUGAACAGUAUGGAUCAGGACAAGGACAGGGUGAACAGUAUACAGCAGGACAGGGUGAACAGUAUGGACCAGGACAAGCGAACAGUAUGGACCAGGACAGGGUGAACAGUAUACACCAGGACAGGGUGAACAGUAUGGACCAGGACAGGAUGAACAGUAUUGACCAGGACACGGUGAACAGUAUACACCAGGACAGGGUGAACAGUAUGGAUCAGGACAGGGUGAACAGUGUGGACCAGGACAGAUUGAACAGUAUGGAACAGGACAGGGUGAACAGUAUGGACCAGGACAUUGUGAACAGUAUGGACCAGGACAGGGGUGAACAGUAUGGACCAGGACAGGGUGGACAGUAUACACCAGGAAAGGGUGAACAGAUUGGAUGGGACAGGGCGAACAGUAUGGACCAGGAGAGGGUGAACAGUAGGGACCUGGACUGGGUGAACAGUAUGAACCAGGACAGGGUGAACAGUAUGGACCAGGACAGGGGUGAACAGUAUGAACCAGGACAGGGUGAACAGUAUGAACCAGGACAGGUUGAACAGUAUGUGCGAGGACUGUGUGAACAGUAUGGAUCAGUACAGGGUGAACAGUAUACAACAGGACAGGGUGAACAGUAUGCACCAGGACAGGAUGAACAGUAUGGACCAGGACACGGUGAACAGUAUACACCAGUACAGGGUGAACAGUAUGGAUCUGGACAGGGUGAACAGUGCGGACCAGGCCAGGGUGAACAGUAUGGAACAGGACAGGGUGAACAGUAUGGACCAGGACAGGAUGAACUGUAUGGACCAGAACAGGGUGAACAGAAUAGACCAGGCCAGGCUAAACAGUAUACUCCAGGACAGGGUGAACGGUAUGGACCAGGACAGGGUGAAGAGUAUACACCAGGACACGGUGAGCAGUAUGGACCAGGACAGGGUGAACAGUAUGGACCAGGACAGGGUGAACAGUAUGGUCCAGGACAGGGUGAACAGUAUGGACCAGGACAGGGUGAACAGUAUGGACCAGGGCAGGGUGAACAGUAUGGACCAGGACAGGAUGAACAGUAUGGACCAGGACAGGGUGAACAGCAUGGACCAUUGCAGGGUUAA